CCCUCUCCCUUUUGACGAAAGUAGGAGCGCACACCGCACCAACUCCGCUGCUGCGUGCGCUGCCGCUCGUUAUUCCCCUGCCAAGCCUCCCCCUCCCUCUCCUCCCUCCUCAGCUGUGAGCUGUGCUGCCGCCGCUUUCACCUCCACUAAUCAUCAUCCCCAUCGCCGCCUCCUUUCUCUUCCUUUCCCUUCCCUCCCUCCCGAUCCUUCCUCCUCACACACACACGCGCACGCGGCGAGAGGAGCGGGACGCAGGGCCGCGGAGCUGGCCGGCGACGGGGAGGGGGAGGGGGAGGGGGAGGGGAUGGCGGCGGCGUGGGGCGGCACCACGCAGAAGUGCGCCUCCUGCGGCAAGAAGGUGUACCCGGUCGAGGAGCUCGCCGCCGACGGCCGCGCCUACCACCGCCCCUGCUUCCGCUGCCACCACUGCAAGAGCACCCUCCAGUUUAGUAAUUAUUCUUCGAUCGAAGGUGUCCUGUACUGCAAACCUCACUAUGACCAGAUAUUAAAAUCAACUGGCAGUUUAGAAAAAAGUUUUGAAGGUGUGACAAGAUCAGCUAAAUCAGAAAAAUCAAAUGGACCCAAGGGCCAGCAAAACAGCAGAUUCUCUAGCAUGUUUGUCGGCACGCAAGACAAGUGCGUAGUUUGUAACAAGACUGUGUACCCUCUUGAAAAGGUUGAUCUUAACGGAGGCUCGUAUCAUAAAUCAUGUUUCCGUUGCACCCAUGGUGGUUGUACACUCAGCCCAUCCAACAAUGUCACACAUGAAGGCAAACUUUAUUGCAAGACCCACCAUUCUCAGUUGUUUAUGGUCAAGGGAAACUUCAGUCAGUUCGAGGAAAACACUGUAAAUGCAAAAGUGGCUGUCGAGAAACAACCAGAAACUGGAGAAGCCACUGACAAGCCAGGUCAAGGUGACGAAGUCAGUGAGAAGACCACAGAAAAUGAGCUCACAACUGAUGAACCAUCCCAAAAUGAUGUUGCAGCUGAAAAACAAUUGCAAAGUAGCAUUGAUGUUGCUAAACCGUCGGAAAGCACAGUCGAGAAGUCAGCAGAAAGUGAAAGUGUUACUGAGAGUGAGUCAAAGAGUCCUGGAGUUAACAAUAAGCCAUCAGAAAGCAGUGCCGAGAAGCCACCGCAGAGCAGUGUGGUUGAUACUAAGCCACCAGGAAGCAGUGCGGCCAUAAGAAAACCAUGGCAACGCAGUCUUCCCACAAAUAAGCCGUCAAUGAUUAGUGCAUCCACUGAAAAGCCAUCACCGAGCGAUGCGGCCAUUGAGAAGCCGUCGUCCAGUAAUGGGACUAAUGGGAAACCGUCGGACAGCAGCACAGGGGUAAAAAAGUCAUGGCAGCGCAGUGUAGCUACUGAGAACCCACAGCAGAGCAUGUUACCAUCGGAUAAGCCAGCAUCAACCAGUGCAGAUAAUGUGAAGCCAUCAGAAAGCGGCAAAGUGGCCAAAAAAACAUGGCAACGCCCUGUGGUUGCUGAGAACCAGAAACAAAACAGUGGACCAACUGAGAAGCCGUCACCGACGAGUGAUACAAAGCCAUUAGAUAGCAGCACAGCAAUUAAAAGGCCAUGGGGCCGCAGAAUAGCCAGUGAGAAAUCUCUUCAGAGUAGUGAGGUUGAUAUGAAACCAGUGGAAACCAGUACAGUGGUCACUGUUCUACAGCAGCCCAGUGAGGAACCUCUACAAACCAAUGCAGCUGUGCUACAGCAGCCCAGUGAGGAACCUCAACAAACUAAUGCAGCUGUGCUAAAGCAGCCCAGUGAGGAACCUCAACAAACUAAUGCAGAUGAUGUGAAGCCUUCGGAGGACACUGGAGCAGUAGUGAAAAAGCCAUGGCAAUUCAACACGAGAACCGAGAAGCAACCCCAGAGUAGUGUAGUCGAUGCAAAGAAAACUGAAAGUACUGGAGCGAUCAAACGGCAGUGGAAGCGCAACACGCCAUUUGAGAAGCCAUCACAAAGCAGUGCAGCAGCAGCUGUGACAACGACACAAAGCAAUGUGACCGUCACCAAACCAGCCCCGAGCAACAUGGCUGUGAAGAAGUCAUGGCAAAGAAGUACAACUCCAAAAAAUCUGGCAGCGAGUGAUAUGGCUACCAAUAAAGCAUUGCAAACCAAGGCAGUGAUCGAGAAGCCAUCAGAAGAAAGUUCUCAAGAGAAACCAUUACAAGAAAAGGCACCUCAAAUCACUGUGAUCACCGAGAAGCUAUCGGAAGAAACUUCUCAAGAGAAGCCAUCUCAAGAAAAGGCACCUCAAACUGCUGCGAUCAUCGAGAAGCCAUCACAAGAAAGUUCUCAAGAGAAGCCAUCUAAAGCAAAGACACCUCAAAUUGCUGCAACCGCCGAGAAGCCAUCACAAGAAAGUUCUCAAGAAAAGGCAUUACAAAUGAAUGAAUCUUCCAAGGAGCAACUUCAGACUGAAGAGACUGUUGAGAAACAACUUCAAAGUGAAGAUAUUGCUGAUGCUACACCACAAAGGGACCUGAUGACACAAGAUGAUGUCUCUCUCAAGAAGAUACCAGAGCCUGAAAUUGAUGCCUCUUCUGACAAGCCUACGAAGGAUCCAUCAGAGCAAGAAGGGGCUGCAUCUGGUGAGAACUUGUCAGAGUCUCAAAGUAAGCUAACUGUUGAACAGACGUUGGAAUCCCAAGACGCUGUGGUUCCUCGAGAGGCAACUGACCAGAUAAUGGAAGCUAAAAAUGAUGCAGGCAUUGAGCGGUCAUCAGAAUCUCAAAGUGUUGCACCGGCAGAGGUUCCAGUGGAGCAACCAUUGCAACAACAAAAAGAUGCAUCUACAGAGCAGGCAUUGGAAUCUCAGCAUGAAGCAGAUGACAAGGAUCAAACAGAGCCUAGUAGUGAUGCAAUUGCUAAGGAGUCAUUGCAGCUUGAAUUUGACACAGCUGCCGUGAAGUCAUCAGAACCACAAACAGAUGCAGCUGCUGAUCAGUCGGCUGAGCAGCUACCAGAACCUCAAAGUGACGCAUCAGUGGAGGAACCAGUAGUCCAUCAAGGCGACGUGUCUACUGAGAAGCUAUCUGAGUCUCAAGGUGAUGCAGCUGCUGUUGAAUCAUCAGGACAGCCAUCAGAGCCUGAGAAGUCGUCGGAACCUCAAAUGGAUGCAGCUCCUCAUAAUUUAACUGAUCAGCCAUUGGAACCUCAAAAGGAUGUAUCUAUUGAGAAGCCACUCGAAACGGAGACUAACGUUGUUGCUGAUAAUCCAUCAGAAAGCAGCUUAGCUACUGAAAGCACUCUAAAGAUCAGCACUACCACCGAGGAACCUGCACAACGUGAAAUUUCUGAUGAGACACUGCCUCAAAGCAUUGCAUUAGAUACAACACCAGAAAGCACCACAUCUGUCGAAGAACCCACAGAUGUCGGUGAGGCCAUUGUUGAGAUAUCAGAGGACAGCUCAGCUCCUGAGAAGCCAUCGGAGGAUGCUGUAACUCCUGAGGAGCCAUCAGAUGUAGGUAAGACAACUUUGGAACCAGCAGGAGACAAUGCGGCUGUUGAGAAACCAUCAGAGGAAGUUGAGGUGGGUACUGAUCCAUCAAACAACCUAGUGGAUCUCGAGAAGCCAUCAGAGAAACAAGACGACUCUGUGAAGCCAGUAGAGGACAGUGUGGCUCUUGAGAAGCCAACCACCGACAAACCCUGGGAGGAAGAUAAGGUGAGUGCUGAACCAUCAAACGACAGAGUGGAUCUUGAUAAGCCAUCGGAGAAAGAAGCUGACACUGUCAAGCCAUCAGAGGACAGCAUAGCUCUUGAGCCAGUCACCGACAAACCAUCAGAGGAAGACGAAGCCAGUGCUGAGCCAUCAAACGACAGAAUAGAUGCCGAGAAACCAUCAGAGGAGAAAGAAGAGGACACUGUGAAGUCAUCAGAGGAUAGCACGGCUGUCGAGAAGCCAGCCACUGACAAACCUUCAGAGGAAGAGGGAGAAGGCGCAGCCAGCGAGAAGCCGUCGCAUGACGAUGCUGUCAUCGAGGCACCAUCGCACGAGGACAUGGACUCGGCCACCGACAAACCCUUGCCUGCCACAGAGAAGAACAUAUCACCCUGAGCUCACCGGGACAAUGGUUAGCCGGGCACAGUCACUGCGCAUCAGUAAACAGUUUUUAACCGGGAGAAGGAUCAAUACUACCGUUGAUAGUUUUGCGUGCCAUUUUGCUUGUUUUUGUCUGUGCAAUGCUUGAAUUGUAAAAUUUGAGGGGGAAAAGGAGAGAAGGAUAGGGUAUUUACUUGGUUCACUCACCCACAAGCAAUAAGCCCCUCCCCACAUUAGGAGGAGGGCAGCAUUGUGGUCUUUUACCUUUUGACAACAGAUAUUUCUGUUGGUGUGGUUUGGUUUGUUGCUCAGAUUUUUGUUGUAUAUCAGAUGAUGUACAUGAUGGUUUGGUUCAGAUUU